AUAAUUGCGUGUCUACUUAUAUUAACUAUAUAAUUAUAUAUAUACGCCGACUGUAUGACAGCUAGCAAAUUAAUUAGUUAACUAACGUUAGCCUGCCUAGCUGGAACUUCUGAAGAAUGAAACUGUUUUAUUUCUACAAUUUCCAAAAGAAUAAGCAAACAAAAACAUAAUUACUUUUACGACACGUGUUUAUGCCGUCAUCUGCAUUAGAGGCACAAUUUCUAACCGUUUUACUUACACUUGUAUGUUGAUUUAUCCAUACUGAGGUUGGGGUUCUAAGUGUCGGCAGACUUUUCUUAGCGGAUGUACAAUUAUUGCGAAUUGAAUUAUGGGGCGUAUCAGGCCCGAAUGGAACAUAAUGAAUUAUAUACUCGCAAACUCGAUCAAAAACGAAGGCUGAGGGGCUUACGUUGCAGACUUCCUUUGUUUGUCUAAUCGUUUGGACAGACAUCCAAGAUGGUGACGGGGAUACCCCCAAGGGCAUAAGGCGAGGCUAAACUCAGUGGACAAUGGACCUGAUCGGACAGCUCAGAGCCUCUGCUCUUUUCUGUCCAUAAAACGAGGGUGUGUCUUUUAUGAGUUUGAAACGCAGCCAAGGUCACAGGAUGACUAUACAAUGUUAACUUCGGCUGUGAGUGCCUGGGGGGAAAAAAACAACAUCUAAGACAGUUCAUGGAAACAUUCUAUUGAUAUAUUUGGUAUAAAGGUGAUAACAAAAGUGUCGUUUUGGGAAUUUUGAAAAUGUUCUUCUCAAAUGGGGACGUCUAUUGGAAUUGUCUUUCUGGGCUCGGCGUCAGUUAAAGUGCAGUACCGCCAGUCUCCUAUGGGUAUAUGGGAUGGCGUACUUCCCAACCGGAACCCUGACAUCAAAACGCGACGACUUCAAAUCCGCCUCGAUUUCCGUUUCAUUGACAUACGGGAACAGGAACCACAACAGUAGCUGGCUGGUGGCCCAAAACAUUGAGAAAAAUCUAACUUUCAAAGGGCUUGUGCCUGAGUCAGACCUCCGUGGAUGGAAGUGGAGAUUGCGUUCGAGAUGGGUCCUGAGAGAAUCUUACCGAACUCUGAGGAGGAGCUAGGUCAUGAGCGGCCGUCGGACGCUGGGGUGCCUGAGGUGGGCGGGGAGUGGAGUGGAGAGGAGGAGGAUGAUAAUGGAGGUUACUAUUACCAGCCACUAAACCAGGACCCUGAUGGACUAAAUGCUGCACCAGGGGACCAUCCUGAGGAUAUGCCCCCAGUAGCAGAGCAACUGCAAGAAGUCCAGGAGAGAAUAGAGCCCCCUCCCCCAGAUAGUGAUGAAGACCCAGAAGGAGCACACAGCAGCGCAGCCUCCAUCCCCAUGGAUGAAGACCACGUGGAGCUGGUGAAGAGGACCAUGGCAGCAGUGGCCCUGCCCUCUCUGGCCAUCCCGGCCUGGGCUCAGGAGAUCUCGGACGACCAGUGGAAGGACAUGGUCCAGCAGACGCUCCAGACUCGCCAAAGCUCAGAAGGCCUGAGGCUAGAGCACAAAUAAGACUGAAUUGCCUCUUUCCCUCAGUCUGUCUUUAACUCUGUCCUGCAUUUCACCAACACACUUAACCCAGGGGAGUCUGCACUGAGGUCCUCUCUGAGCAGGUGUUAGGUGUCUCAAUUCUCAAGAGAUUGUGAACUCCUCUACGUCCAAUUCUCAUUAGAUGAUAUUUCUGAUGAAUAUUUGUUUUUCAAAGGAGGCUCUUGGUACCUACUACACCUAACCUGCUGCUUAAGGUAAUUUGUAGGGUUUGUGAAGGAGUUCGCAUGAGUAUAGUAUAUUUUGUCUCUCAGAUCAGGCAAACUCUUACCGUUUCUGCUGGAGUACGUAUUAUGAGCCUCAAUGACAGUUUGGCCUUGAGUACAGAAGCACUAUUAUAUUCCCCUCCCCAAUGCUUCCUGAGACAUUCCAACAUCAGAUCACCUUUGUUUGUUUUUAAUGUGAUACUUACUAUUGGUUCUGAUUACCAUAUUAUAAUACUAUUAAAUCAGUUUUUGUUGAACGUAA